AGCAACUAGUCGGAAUUGAGUCCAAUCCUGUAUCAGUUUUUAUCCACCCGAUUUGCUAAUGAAAAGAGGAAAAGAGAGAGAGAAUGAAAGAGAUCUGAGAAAAUUCUGAUGGGGAAAAAAGUUAAUUUAUAAAAGGCUGACCCCCGUCAAGUUAUGAGAGUUUCCAGUUAUGAGAAGGACUGACUGUACUGGUCUGACUAGUAGACGGCUCUCAUUUUCACUGCAAUUUUUUUGUUGCAACGUCUCAAUUUGAGAGAGGAUCUUAUUUUUGGAUGGUUUCACUCAACUUCUUCAUUGAUAUCAUCUCAGUCUAACUAAAUAUGUGUGUCCUCUAAUUUGUCAAUAAUUGUUACCUCACUUUCGGCUGGUUAUACUGUGCUUUUAACUCUUAUUGCUGGAUCUGUGAUUUAUUCUGAUCCCUUUUUUGGUGAUCAGAACCUGUGUUUGUGCAUCUUUUCACAACAAUGGAAACCAUACCUUUUGACAUCUCCACUCUGUUGGGGGAACCCCAAGUUUACACUGUGGAUGAUGAUAAUCUUGAGGAAAUUCAACGAAAUCAUAACCUAGGUGAAAAUGGGGUUGAAGAUAUGGUUGAUCUAGUAGAUCUGAACGAAUCAGCAUUACUAUGGAAUCUCAAAAUUAGGUAUCAAAAACAAUUGAUUUAUACCUAUGUUGGUAGUAUUUUAAUCGCUGUUAAUCCUUAUAAAAUGUUUGAUAUUUAUGGACUUGAUUUGGUUAAAAAGUAUGAAGGAAAAAUACUUGGAACCCUUCCACCACAUUUAUUUGCAAUUGCUGGUUCAGCUUAUUCCAAAAUGAUUAAAGAUAAAGAGGAUCAAGUCAUCGUUAUUUGUGGUGAAAGUGGAGCAGGUAAAACAGAAACCUCAAAAUUAAUAAUGCAAUAUUUAGCCGCUGUCAAUAAAUCAGCAAGUAAUAUUGUGACAGAACAAAUUCUUGAAGCCAAUCCAUUACUCGAAUCAUUUGGUAAUGCUAAAACUGUCAAAAACAACAAUUCAAGUCGUUUUGGUAAAUACUCCGAAAUAUACUUUAAAGAUGGUCUCAUCACUGGAGCCAAAUCAACUGAAUAUUUGCUUGAAAAAUCACGAAUUGUUACACAAGCUUCAGAUGAACGAAAUUAUCAUGUUUUCUAUGAACUUUUGUCUGGAUUAACUGACCAAGAAAAGGAAAAAUAUGGUCUACAAACAAGUGACAAAUACUUUUACCUUAAUCAAGGAUCUUCCUCUGAGAUAGAAGGUAAAAAUGAUGGACAAGAUUUUCGCUUCCUUUUAGCUGCUAUGCAAGUCCUUGGAUUCACAAACGAAGAGCAAGAUACAAUAUUUCGUAUUUUGGCCUCUGUUUUACACUUGGGUAACAUUUAUUUCCACCGAAAACAACUUAAACAUGGUCAAGAGGGUGUUGAAAUUGGAAGUGAUUCAGAAGUUCGUUGGACAUCUCAUCUUCUUCAGCUACCCAUGGAAGGUAUUUUACGAGCUCUUACCGUUCGAACAACUGAAGCACGAAAUGAGCGAAUGAUGACUCCACUCAAUAUUGACCAAGCCUUGGAUGCUCGUGAUGCCAUGGCUAAAGCACUCUACUCUUGUUUAUUUUCAUGGUUAGUUCAACGGAUUAAUUCAAUGGUAUACAAGGGAUACAAAAGACGAACCCUAGCCUUACUUGACAUCUUUGGGUUUGAAAAUUUCAAAGAAAACUCUUUUGAACAACUUUGCAUCAACUAUGCUAAUGAAACGUUACAAUCAUAUUUCACCAAAUAUGUCUUCAAAUUGGAGCAACAAGAGUAUGCGAAAGAAAAGAUCGAUUGGAUUCCAUUAAGUUAUCCUGACAAUCAAUCCGUCAUCAAUUUGAUUUCAAAAAAACCAAUCGGAAUUCUUCCUCUACUGGAUGAUGAAUCCAAUUUUCCUAAAGCAUCCGAUAACUCGUUCCUUGAAAAAUGCCAUUACAAUCAUGCUCUCAAUGAUUUGUACAGUCGACCCAGAUUAUCCUCAAUGGAAUUUGGAAUUAAACAUUUUGCCGAUCAAGUUUGGUACAAUGUGGAAGGUUUCCUAGAUAAAAAUCGAGACACAUUGAGACAUGAUGUUAUUGAAUUAAUGAUCAACAGUAAGAUGUCAAUGAUUUCCAAGAUGUUCCAAGAACUUCGCAACUCCAAUGAAUCUGUUAAAACCUACAAUCGCUCAGACGGAAGGUUUGUUACAAUGAAACCAAGAGCACCAACAGUGUCAGCUCGAUUCCAAGAUUCCCUCAACUCACUGGUUGACUCAAUGUCCAAAUGUAAUCCAUGGUUUGUUCGGUGCAUUAAACCAAACAAUGAAAAGGCCACCAUGAAGUUUGACAUUCCAGUUGUCUUGGAGCAGCUUCGUUACUCGGGAAUGUUGGUAACAAUUAAAAUACGUAAAUUGGGUUUCCCUGUGCGAAUCAAAUUUGCCAACUUUGUUUCCAGGUAUCGAUGUUUAAUCACCAAAUACAAUCUUCCAACAAAUCACUCAACCAAAGAAAUAUGUAAAAUCAUUUUGGAUAACCUACCAUUCAGUAAAGAUCAAUAUGUUCUUGCUUCAACUAAGGUAUUCAUGAAAGAAAGCCUUGAAGUAAACUUGGAAAAGGAGCGAAUCAACUUAUUACGAUCAUCUGUUAUUACCAUUCAACGUUACAUUCGAGCUUACAUUGCUCGUAAAAGAUACCGUAAAGCUAGAUCAAGUGCCAUUAAGAUUCAAUCAACUUACAGAGGAUAUAAAUGUAAACAUCGUUACAAUACGAUCAGACGAGGAGUUGUUCGUGCUCAAGCUAAUUGGCGAAUGAAAUGUCAAAAACGUGAAUACGCCAAGUUAAAAUCUAUCAUGGAAAAGAAGAAGGAAGCUGACAGAAUUGCCAGUGAAAAAGCCAAGGAAAAAUAUGUUAAAGAGGAACACGAAAGAAUCUCUCGAGCAGUUGCUGGAGUUAAUCAUUUGGAAAUACCUGCUGAAUUAGCUUUCCUAAUUUCAAAAUUAGAUGAUUGGAAAUGUCAACAAUCGGAUAAAAAAGUUGUUAAAUCAGUGGAGCAAUUUGAUUCCGGAACAAUCCGUUAUUCACUUCCAUUGGACAUUGAUCAACAUGCUUUUACCAGAUUUACCAAUAUCUAUUUCAGAGCUCAUGUCUGGGGAAUGAAGCGUGAACCAAUUAGAACACCAUUUCUAUCUAAGACAAAUGAAACGGAAUUCCAGGAUUCAUUGUCCAUUUUCAAAUUGAUACUUCGUUUCAUGAAUGAUAACAACUUGAAUGGUCAUAAGGAGAAGCUGUUAGCUGAUUACAUUAUUCAAAAAGGUUUAAGCAAUGUAAACAUGAGAGAUGAAAUUUUGUGCCAAUUAUGUAAUCAAACCUGGAAAAAUGAUAAUGAAGCCAACUUUGAAAGAGGCUGGCUUCUUAUGGCCAACUGUUUAAGCUGUUUCAAUCCAAGUUCAUUAUUGUAUAAAUAUCUUUUAAAGUAUGCUUCUGAUUAUGCGUAUAAUGGAUAUAAGCAUAUUUGUCAAACAAAGUUACUUCAAAGUGAACGAAUUGAGCCACAAAAUGUUCGCACUUACCCACCAUGUCAGUUGGAAUGGAAGUCAAUGGUUAAAAAGGCUAACAUGUGUUUAGAAGGAAAACUUCCCGAUGGAGAUAUUAAAGUUGCUCCAAUCACUUCAUGGACAAAUGGUGAAACUUUUGCUGCUGAUUUGUUGCGUGCCAAAGGUAUCGAUGACACUUCUGGAUGGACAGUUGAAUUAGAUGACGAAGGAGAUAUCUAUGAAUUGAAUGGAAAAGAUUUUGUUCUUGACUUAAUUUCGGAAAUGGAAGUGAUGCCUUCAUUCCCUGUUUGUAAAAGUUUCUUCUUAGUCUCUCCUGAUCGUAACAAUAAAAACAGGAAAGCUAAUCUAGUUAACAGCCCACACAAUCCUGAAAGAAUCAACAAAUACGAAUAUGAUGCUGAUUUUGAUGAGACAUUACAUUUAUCAUCCCACCAAGAACGAGAGAAACACAUGAAAGAAUCAGCUGAUAGACGAAGAAGUAGUGGCCUUGAACACAAAUAUCAUGACCGAGCAUCUUCAAGUAACCGUCAUAUGAGAGCUCGUUCAGUUUCACGGGAACAUUUGGUUCAUAAUACAGAUGAUGGUGAUAAAUAUGAAGAUGUUGAGGAUGCCUUGAGAGGUCCUGAAUUGAGAUAUGUUGGAACUGCUAGGAAUAGCUGUUCAUUAAUGUCAUUAGAUCAAGUCAACUUAAGUCUUUCCAAAAACAGUAAACUUAAUCGUCGUUACCUACACAAAAGUGGUAAAGAGGAAACCAUUAGCAAUUUGAAAUUAUCUGAAACAAGUAAACUCAAUAAACGCUAUGGAUUAGCUAGUGGUGAAUCUAGUGGUUAUGAGAAAGAUUUACGAGGAGUCAAAGAUUCCAGUCCUUCUGAUACUUUUGCUUCUAGACCAUCAUUAAGUAAACGUAGCAUGUCACUACAAGAAUUGGGUUUGGCUACAUCAGCCUUGAAUGAUCGCUAUUUUGCUCAGAAUAGAGAUGUUCUUCAGAAAACUUCAUCAUUAAAUGGUGGCUCAGAGCAACUUGAAACUCCCAGUGAUCCAACAAAAACUUCCAGUCAGACAAGUUUAAUCGAAAUGAAUCCUGAAGAUAUUGGUGCCAUUAAUAGUGGCGUUUAUGGACGCAACUCCAAGGAGCCAGUUGAAAUUAUUAAAGGAACCAAACAAGGAAUUCACCAAUCAAGCAGUCAUUCAUCAGCAUCAUCCAUUUCUUCAGCUGAUUAUACAGGUUCUCACCAUGGCUUAGGUGAUAGUGCAAUAGAUGCUGAAAUACGCAGGCGAGCUUCUGAUUCUCGAUAUGUUAAAUACUCUGGAAACAAAUCGACUGGUUCUUCGUCUCGAUAUUUACCUUAUGGUCAGUCAACUAAAGCUUAUAUUGAUCGAUCAACUACUCGUGAAGGUGAAUAUGGAUUCACUGGUGUUCGUAGUUCCGCAAUGUCUGACACCUCGGAAGCACCAUCUUUAGCUUCUCACGUUAAAAAUAUUAAAAUACCAUCUCAUACAAGUGAUUUAGAUCAAUACUUGGAUGAUUUGUUUAAUCCUGUUUUAGACGCAAAUCUAGAUGAUUUAAGUGAUGCUCGCUCAUUGGCAGCCUCCAUCAAAGGAGGCUCAGAGUACUCAUCAAAUGCUCCAAGUGAUUUUUUCACUGAAAAUAAUUUAACCUGUGAAUUGGCAGAAAGCUAUGCCGACUCAAUCUUCAGCGAUAGCUUUAGCCAAUCAGUUGAUAUUGUGCAUAAUGAACAUGACGAUGAUUCAGAUCACGAUGGAACUUAUACUUUGGUUCCAUCUGAAAUUGAUUGUGGACUUCAAGAUCUUGACAUCGAUAUUAGUGACCUUGCCAAUCUUUCAGAUGCCAAACAUCUUGCUGAUUCACUCAAAGGUGGAGGAUAUCAAAGUGAAUCUAAAACUGUACCAGAAAAGGAGGAAGAAAUCGUUGCCAUUGUUGAACCUUGUUCAACGGUCACUUUUGGUACCUCAAACAAUACAAUUGAACCUUCUUUCUCUGAAAACUAUGAUCCUGAUCAAUCCUCAGAAGUUGUCUCAUCAAUUUGUGAUUCAUACACUUACACUCAUCAUCCAUUUGAUUUCAUCUCACUUCCAGUUGAGGGCCAAGGUAGUCUUUUUGAUGGUAAUCAACAAUUACCAUUGGAAAUUGUUGGCUUAUCUGAUGAUUUGGAAAGUUUAUCUAAUGCUGAAGAUCUCGUAGUUACUAUUAAAGGAGGUGGCAUGAAUGAGCCAAACAUGGAAACAACAAUUAGCUUUGGAACCAAUAAUGGUCAAGAUGUUGGAUCAACAUCAUUCUCAUCUGGCUUCUCCUCAUUCAGUCCUGGAGCUGCGUUGAGAGCUACCAAUCAAGGUCCGCCAACUAUUAACACUAAUAUGCCUUUUACCAAUAUUGCUGGUAUGACAGUUCCAAUGGUUGAUACAUCUCAAAUAAUUCAACAACAAUUAGUUCAUCAACAAAUGAUUCAACGAGCUUUCCUUGCUUCAGCUGUACAACAAAAUCUUCAAAUUCAACAACAGCUACUACAACAAAAUCAAGCUCUUCAACAACUACUUAACUCAUCUGUUGGAACCAAUUCACCAAGCAAUUCAAGUAAACCAUUAUCACCAAUACUUCAACCCUCAUCAUACAAUCUAUUACAGACUGCAGAUAGUUCACUUGAUCCAGCUUCUUUACUAUCAACUUCCAGUCCAUUAUCAUCAAAUGAAUUGGUAAAUUCAAAUAGAAUAGCUGAUCCACGUAAUGAUGGCCAAGAAACAAAUGGACAGGGUGUUUCGCCAGUUAAACAAUCGCCAUUACCUGCAUCACAUUAUAUAUCUGGAACUGGUAUACCACCGCCACCUCCACCGCCGCCACCGCCACCACCACCAUUGUCACCCAGUUUUACCAACGUGUAUGGAAGAGCCAAAACUGUUCGCAUUGGUAAAUGGCGUUGGCCUCCUCCUCGAGAUAAUGGUGUUACCGAAGGAGCAGCAAGUUUUUUUGAAUUUAAAUUAAAAAAGCAGCAAGAAAAACACAAGGAAACAAGUGACUGUGAUAAAAAUGAAGAAUGCUCAAUGAUUAUUGAACAAGAAGUAAUCGUACCGCUUAAUACUAAUGCUAUGAAUGUAGCAUCUGGACCGGGUCCUGGGUCACCGAAAGGAGGACAAAAGCGUUAUAAGAAAAGUGAUAAAGCCUCGAAAACUGAUGUCAAUGGUUUGAUAAUUGACGGUUCAAAGGGAACAAGUAAAGGAUCAAUUGGAAAGUUGAGGAUAAGCUCAGAGAUGAAGGCUAAAUUGGAACAGUUAACAAUUGAUCAAACUGUUCGUUCAAAGAAGGAUGGUGGACGGGAAAAACUUGCUCGAUCCAUGGAGGAUAUUCGUGGUGGUGGUGUUGGUGAUGGUUUAAGUGGAGGAGUUAAAAAGCUGUCUGAGCAUAGGAAAAAUUUACUGGAAAAACAAUUAAUGGGAUCAAUGUUAAUUCUUAGUGAUACAAAAAGCCAAUUAUCUCGAUCUAAAUCAAAUGAUAAACCCAUUGGAUCAAGUUCAAAUUCAUCAUCCCAAUUGAUUACCAAAGUAGUCUCUAGUAGUGGUAAUAAUUCAUCUAAUCAUCACCCUCAUCUAACUCAUUCUCAUUCUCAUGGACGACUUGAUCGAGGUGAUUCUGGUGAAAACCUAUCCAAAUUCAAGGAAAGGUUUUCUGCUGCUCGACGCAGUGGAUCUCGUGAGUCAAGGGAACGUCGUGAUGAGCUAGGCCCACACAAUCGAGGUGGAACCUUGACAUCAACGGUGGCUGCUGAAUGUGAUGGUGAUCAUUUGUCAACCUCAAUGGGAGGAACUUUUAUCGAUCAAAUGUCAUCUCGAAGCAGCAUUCAAUAUGAAGACAGUGUAAUAAGCUCUGUAAGCCAUACUAAAUCAAAUUCCAGAGCUGAUGUUACUCGACCAAUUAAACGAAUGUCUGUUCCACCGCCACCUCCACCCUCUUCCAACCUAGAACUCAGUGAAGCUCUCAACAUGUCCAAUGGUUUAGUUGACAAUGAUCACUCAGUUAUUCACCCUCGUCACUCUCCAGGUCAUGGUUUCCGUGCACCUCCAGGACCACCAUCGGUUGCUGCAUCAUCUAGUUAUUAUGGUCCCAGUACACCAGUAAUGAUGAGACGAAAAGAUCAGCCUCCCCCACCGCCACCGGCCAUGAAUUUCAAAGCUUCAGAUAGAUUCGAGUUUAUCGAGAACUCUGAAUUUUUGAAACCAGUUGAUACACCAGUGCCAAUACCAGUUAACCGACGAGAGCAAAAAUCAGUUGAUUCAAUCAAGACUAAAUUAGCUCCGGCAGCUCACAAUUAUUCAUUAACUUAUUCAAAAGGUCCUUGGGAGUUGCGUCUAAGAAAAGAGGUUUUCUCACCAAUGGAAAAAAUUGAUAGCCCAUUGAAACUUCAUUUAAUCUUUUGUCAAAUUGUUCGAGAUGCAUAUUCCAAAAGUUGUAUACGAUUAACUCGUGAGGAUAAACAAAAGUUACAAAUGCAAUUGGAAAAUUACAAAAUAAAUUUAGACAAUAUGAACUCAUCUAAUCACAAAUUGCCGGUUCAACGGAACAUCAUUGAAUUUGCCAAAGACUUGCCAACCUAUUUUACACGAUUGUUUCCCGUCUCUGGUGGAUCCAAUUUACCCGAUGUUGAACUGUUAGGAGUAUCUCAUUCGGGUAUCAAGUUAAUUAAAAGAGAGAGAGAUGCUAUUUGUGAUUAUUUACGAAUACUGGAUAUGCUUAGUUUCGAUGAGAUUGCGGAAGCAAACGUUGUUGGCAGCAGUACAUUUCAAUUGCUCCUCCUCAACGGUGGAUGGUUAACUCUUUACACUCACAAGGCAAACCAAAUAAAAACCAUGAUUGAUACCUUUACUGAUGAAGCCAACAAGAGUGGAGCGGAUUAUGUACAAGCAAUUGUUGAUUAUUCAUCUCAUGAACCAUCAAUCUUAUCCUUCAGAAAAGGCGACAUAAUUCGUAUUGUUAAGAAUAAAAAUCUUCAACUGUCCAAAGGCUGGUUUUAUGGUAUAUUGGAAAGUGGUGAAAGUGGAAUCUUUCCUAGUGAAUAUGUUGUAACAUUAAAUCGUCAACAAAUUAGUGAACUUUUACAAAAAAUGGAGCAAAUCCGAUCCUCUAGACAAAACGGUUAUGCCAAAGAAAUGGAAUCAUCUGAUAAACGGUUAAAUUCAUCUAAAUCACAGGCCAUAACCAAUGGAGAUGCUCACAACAAUAAUCACCAUCAUCCUGCAAGUGAAUCAGGACGUGAUGGUUGCUCGUCAUGGGUAGAAAGUCGAAUUGAUCAUGUGGAUGACAAUAGAAGUGAUAUAACUCAAAGUUCAAAUAUCAAUGAUGGCAAAUUUUCAUUACUUCAAUUUGCUUUAUACAAUUUCCGUGAUGUAGUUGACAAGUAUGAAUUGAUUAGAAGUGCUGAUGGUUCUUUCAGUGGAUCAAUUAAACUAUUAGAAAGUUUGAAGUCAAAGAAGAAAAAUAAAAAGAAAAAUGGAAGUGGUUCUGAUUGGACUUGGAGAGAAUUAUCGGACCUUGUCAAAUUCUCGAAGGCUCCUAUUACCAACUCUUUGCUCAAAUUAAGUCCACCUGAAUUGAACAAAAUUGCCAUCGAAUGUUUUGCAUCAAUCAUGAGGUUCAUGGGCGAUCUUCCGUUAUUGAAAAAUCAAACAGAAGUUGACUGUGUUUACACUAUUCUAGUGAACUGCUAUCAAUGGCCUCAACUCAGAGAUGAAGUUUAUUGUCAACUGAUGAAACAAACCACCAACAACAAAAGUGCAAGACUUGAUAGCUGUCAACGAGGAUGGAGACUUUUUUCAAUCGUUGCUGCUUAUUUUGAUUGCUCUGAAAAUUUACGACCUUAUCUGCACAAAUUCCUUGAGACUUCAGCUUACGAUAAACGACGAGCAUAUUACGCUACAGCCAUGGUUUGUUUACAAAACUUGCGUAAAACAAUGAAAUAUGGAGGGCGUAAGAAUGUCCCAAGUAUCGAAGAGAUUGCUGCUAUUGCUGCAGGAAGAAACUCAAAAAGACAAAUGUACAGAUUACCUGGAGGAACUGAACGAAUAAUCAACACCAAAUCAAGUACCGUUGUUUCCGAUAUUAUCGAGGAAAUAUGUUCAAUGCUCAAUGUUAACAAUCCAGUUGAAAUGCAAGAAUUUUCACUCUAUUGCAUUAUAGACGGAGAUCUUUAUACAAUGCCUCUGAAUAGAGAGGAGUACAUCUUGGAUGUUACUACUGAGUUACUUAAGAAUGGACAGACAUUUUAUUUAAUUUUUUGCCGUUCUGUGUGGUAUUAUCCAUUAAGACUUGACUGCCAGUUGUACAUUGAAGUUAUUUUCAAUCAAGUUGCACCUGACUACCUGGAAGGUUUACUUUUAAUCACCCCAGGGGAACGUUUAAAAGAGAAUCAAGUUUCUGAUAUUUCUCGUAUUGCUGCUCUUCUUCACCGAGCUGCCAAUAUGGACCAUGAGCCAACAAAAGACGAAGUUAAAUAUCUUUUACCCAAACCUAUUUUACCAAUGAAAGAGAUUCGUCCACCUCAAUGGGUUGAAAUGGUUCAAUCUAAUUGGAAUGAUAUGGGAGCUUUAACAACAACCGAAGCAAAAGCACAGUGUUUAGAUAUUUUACAAAAAUGGCCAUUAUUUGGCUCUUGUUUCUUUGCAAUCAGGCAUAUUCAAGCUGAUUCUCCUAACCAUCCUGACUAUAUUUUGGCUUUGAACAAAGAAGGAGCACACUUUUUAGAUAUUUUAACUCACGAAACUAUUUGGGAUUAUCCAUUUGAUCAAAUCAUAUCGACUAGGAAAAUCCGAGCUGAAGAUGAAGCUCUUUUCCUUGAUAUGAAAUGUGGUAACUUAAUGACUUAUAAAAUAACAAGAAUUCAAACUGAUCAAGCUCAUGAAAUCUCACGUCUUAUUAGACAAUAUAUUGACAUUCAAAACUCUGACAAAGGGGAAAGAGGACAACAAGUAUCAACUAUUUCAAGAAAUGCAAACUCAAAUUACUCAAGUUAAUUGUUAAUUAACCGAAUCUACUUUUUUUACGAUGCGGUAUUAUCCCAUUAUCACUCAUCAUUAUGACUACAACAUUGGGUUAUCUUCACCAAGCCAAUGUUUCCGCACCAUUUUGACAUGUAAUCACACGCAAACCGUUUUUUACACAACAACACUGAUCAAAAUGAUCAUCAUAACACAUAAACUUAUCUGGAAGACAUUGAACCCUAAACUUUGACUACAAGAAAAAUUAACCAUGAAUUACAAAUCGCUCCAAGACAUUUCCUGAUGCAACCAUUUUCCACAUUUGCUAAAAUGAUUUACUUAUUUGUGCCAAAAGAAGAUAAAGAUGAACUCUACAAUUGCUGAUUAAUUUUAUGGAGAACCAGAAUAAAUCCAGUUACAUGAAAAUGAAAAGGAAAUCCAGAACUUGACUUUUGUUUGCGAUUAACUAAGAUACUGUUUUUUAAUUGUCUGGUUAAUUUCUGUAAAAUAUACAUCUAUUUGACAAAUCAAGACCAACAAAAGACUGGUUCAAUCCUUGCCUUAAUUUUUACCUCAAUCGCAAACUGAAAAGAUUUACCAACGAUUACCAAGAAGGAGUAAUAUUGAAUUCUGUAUCGGGAAUUUUUAUUGACCAUUCUCAUCUUCCUUAAUAUUGACCCAUGUUGAAAAACAUGAAUACUAUUUUUGUACAUUAUUUGUUAUGCCCUUGAAUAAUCACGAAAUUUGAAUUUGCAAUAUCAAAUGAAAAGUUGUAUUCAAGUAGGGUGACUUCAAAUCAAUAUGUCGAUCAAUCAAUCUUUUGAAUUUUGUAAAGUAACAAAAUUAGAUAAUAAGACAAUUGCAAUAUAUUUCAAUAUAGUUGAGGAAAAUUUGUCUUGAAAUUCAAUUUUCCUCUUUUCCAAACCAAGACUUCACUUGAAUGUUAUCUGAUUUCAUCAUGAUGCACUUGAUAUACAUAUCUGUGUCUCAACAAGCCAAAACCACUUACCUUCAUUCAAUCUCUGGUUAUAUUAAGUUGAUUUACUUGAUUAAGUCAAUUUAAUUAACUUUUCCUCAGUUUAAUUCAAAUGUCACCUUAACUUGAACGCACUUUUCAA